ACUCACCCUGUCAACAUGAUAGCUGUUGCUAGCUCCAACUCCCUUGCUCUGUGUGGAUUUGUCUUUGCAAUAUUUGUAUUUCAGGCUGGAUUUUUUAUUUUCACUUAUGUUCACUUCACAAAUGAAAUCAAACAGAUUCAUGAAAGCUACGUCCGAAAUAUUGCCUGUUUCAUAGAAGAAGAUCUUGAAAAUGUCCUUCAACCUCUGGAUAGCAAAGAUCUUGACAGAAAUAAUCCCUGCUGGGCAGUAAGGACUCAGCUAAAAGUUUUAAUGAGAAAGAUAAUGUUGGGCACAUAUGGACCAGAUAUAUCAGCAAUAAUUAAUGAAAAGGUUUCCGAAAUGAUUCCAGUUGCCGUUGCUGAGAAGCAAACAAGUCCAAAGCAACCCUUUGCUGCCCACUUGAAAGGAAAUGGGAAAGCUCAACUCCAGCAAGAAAGUCAUAUAAAUAAACCCUAUGAAGGAUAUAAAAUAACGGAAUGGUGGUCUGAAAAAAAAUCAUCAGGUUUAAGUAGUGAAAUCAAGUUGGAAAAUGGAGAGCUGGUCAUUCCAGAAAACGGCUUCUACUACAUCUAUGCCCAGACAUACUUCCGUUACAAGGACCCAGAGGAGGGGAAAAGUAAACAACUAGUGCAAUUUAUUUACAGAAGAACAAACUACCCCUCUCCUUUAGCUCUGAUGAAAAACGUGAAGACAACCUGCUGGGCCAAAAAUGCACAGCACGAACUUCACUCCAUCUACCAAGGAGGUGUUUUUAAAUUAAAUAAGAAUGACCGAAUUUUCGUGUCCGCAAGUAAUGUAAGUAUGGUAGACAUGGAUGCAGCAGGAACCUUUUUUGGAGCAUUCCAGAUAUUCUAAAAAGCAAGGGAUUAUGGGAGCACUGGA